GUUUCUUAUAGCGUGCGCACGCGUCCCAGAAAGCUCAAACUGAAAAUGUCGGACAGCGAAGAAAGUGUUAGGUCUUUGUCCAAAAGACAUAAACUAUCACUGUCCCUUUUCAACGAUGGAUCAGGGGAUGAUUUGGACGAUAUAUCGAGUACUGCUAGCACCAAAGAGGAAGAAUCCUCAAGGAGCGACACUCCAACACAACUCUACGCCAGAAGAGGACGAGGGAAACACAAGUCCAAGAAAUGCAAGCUCCAAUACAAAUGCACUAACAUUUUGCACGAGGACCACGGACAACCCAUUUUUGGUGUUCAGAUAAAUCUGAAUGCACCAGAACAAGAUCCAUUAACAUUUGCGACAGUAGGCAACAAUAGGGUUAGCGUGUACGAAUGCCAAGAAAAUGGCAAAGUGAAAUUAUUACAGGCUUACGUAGAUCCUAGUAAUGAUGAAAAUUUCUAUUGCUGUGCCUGGUCCCAUGAUGAUGUCACAAAACAACCCUUAUUGGCAGUAGCAGGUGUCAGAGGAAUUGUAAGAAUUAUUAGUCCUGUUGCCAUGCAGUGCAUCAAGCACUAUGUUGGCCAUGGUAAUGCCAUAAAUGAACUAAAAUUCCAUCCCAAAGACUCAAAUCUUCUAUUAUCCGUGAGCAAGGAUCAUUCCAUGCGAAUGUGGAACAUUAAAACAGAUGUGUGCGUUAUAAUAUUUGGUGGUGUGGAUGGUCACCGAGAUGAAUUGCUUAGUGCAGAUUUUAAUCUCGAAGGAACAAAAAUUAUUUCAUGUGGAAUGGACCAUUCAUUGAAAAUAUGGAAUUUAGAUACUGAAGAUUUUUACAGUGUAGUGAAAGAGUCAUACGCGCAUAAUCCUAGUAAAAUCAAAAGACCAUUUUCCACAAUUUCCAAUCAUUUUCCUGUUUUCUCAACACGAGACAUUCACAGAAAUUAUGUUGAUUGCGUUAGAUGGCUGGGGAAUUUUGUUCUCUCGAAAUCAUGUGAAAAUUGUAUUGUUUGUUGGAAGCCAGGAACUAUUCAUCAGCCUAUUGAUAAGGUCACAGACAAUACCAUCAACAUAAUUUUUAGGUUUGAUUAUAAAGAGUGUGACAUAUGGUACAUGCGCUUCUCUCUUGAUUCCUCGCAGAAAAUAAUGGCAUUGGGGAAUCAGUGUGGUAAAAUAUAUGUAUGGGAUUUAGACACCUCUGAUCCUUCAUUAGUCAGAUUCACAAAACUUACUCAUUUUAAAAGUACCACUGCUAUUCGACAAACGGCUUUAUCUAAAGAUGGAAGCAUUCUGUUGGCUGUCUCCGAUGAUAGCAAAAUUUGGAGAUGGGAUAAAAUAAGCGGCUGAUUAACUGUCUACUUAAGUUUUGUUAAAAGUUUAAUUUUUUAAAUGGAACUCUUUGAACAUGAAAUUUGAAUAUAAAAAAAUAUGUUAAUGCUUUAAAGGAUUAUUGAAGAUAAUAAAAUUUUGCUUCAUGAAUAA